AAAUAAAUCUCUUAAAUUCAUGGAACUAAACUUCAAUUCAGUAAAUAAAUUUUCAAAAAAAAGAACACAAUUAACACAUUAAGAAAAAUACUAAAAAAAUAACACACAAAAUGGAGGAGGUAGAGCAGGAGGAGGAAGAUCUUAUGCUUGAGACGGAGACAGAAUCAGAUCUAUCGCUGUCGAAUAAAGAUAUCAAUUAUGAAGAUUAUGGCAUUACAUUUCCAUUGCCACCGCAUACCGAUGAAUCGAUAUGUCGCGAUGAGUUUCUCCAACGGCUUUUCGUCAAUUGUCCUUUAGAUGAGAGAUAUUCAAAGAGUCUCACAAGGCAAAGCAAACGAUCGAUGUCAUAUCGAUCGCGUUCCACAAUUGGCCGAGGUGGCAACAUGGAGGCAUUUGCUCUAAUGCGCCUAAGGGCUGCAGCUCCUAUUGCAACAUCAGACGAUGAGAGUGUCAAGAGCGACAAAAGACUCGAGACGAGAAAAAUGAUGAGCAGCCAAGAGAGAAGGGUCAUCUAUAAGUUUAUUCUGUUGCGAUUUCAACGUGCUGCCGUUGAGUAUUUGUCGGUUCGUUUGAAGAAACGCUUGGAGAUAAUCGCGAAUGUUUGGACAGCUGACACAACCGAAAUACCCUACAAUCUCUUUAGGUGGUCGGAAAGUUUCUUUUUGCACCGCACCACGGUUAAUCAUCUGUAUUUGGAUGUGUUAACCAUGGAGAAUGAUAUCACCGAACUCAAUUGCAGUAAGUUUGCCACUGAUGUGAGUGAGAUCAUCGGCAUACUGGAUGUGAUCAGGGAGGAUGUGCGCGAAGAUCGAGAUUACUGCAAAAGCUCCUUGAAAUUGAUGGAGGACAUGAACUUUGAAGUGCAUGCCACGUGGAUAAAAGAGCUUGAGAUGCUUCGCGGGGAGAAGGAACGAUAUGAAAGAGACUCGAUAGUUCGGCCUCGCAGUGAUUCGCAGACACAUGUCAGCCUGCGCUUCGCCCCUGACGAUCUAUCCGAAGCUUUAUUGCCCAUCGAGAGACGAUAUCGCCUCAAUUGGCUACGCAGCGCUGGAGAUCAGCAUUUGAUGCGCAUACAGGGCAAAGAGAAGGCGCUGCAAGAUGAACUCGAUAAUCUGAAGCUGUUGAUCAGGGAGAAUGGCACAGCUUGUGAUUCACGAGAGUUUGUUUACCAGCUGGAGAUUGAGAAGUAUCGCGUUGCGAUUGCUACUUGGGAGGAGAAACUUGAGAUUGGUAUGGAACAAUUGGAGUUGAAGGGGAACAUAACACGAAAUCUAUUGGGAAAGGCCAAGGAUGAUCUAAAGUUCUAUAGGGAACGUGUGGAAAUGUUUAAGCAAAGAGUGGCCGAAGUGUUGCUGCUCGAAGAGACGGAGGAGGAGGAAGAAAGGAAUGGAUUGCGAAAAGGUUACUCCGUUAAGCUGGCUUCUCCGCCAAAGAAGAGGAAUUCGAAAAAGAAGAAGUAGCAUCGUAUUUACAACUCAUAAAUUGUCCGUAUUACGUAUACCAACACACAGAGGUUGGCAACACAGUUCUGAUGAGUGUGCUGUCAGUCAGAACUGUGUUGGCAACCGAAACAAACCAAUAAACCAAUAAUGGAACUUA